GCUCUUGCGCCUGACGCUCUCCAGAAACAAGCUUGAGGUUUUGCCUUCUGGGCUUUUUUUGCACUUGCAUGACCUGUGUAAACUGACCUUAUACAGGAACCCACUGAAGUCUCUUCCAGAAAUACUGUUUGGAGAAAUGAGGCAUCUUGGUAGCCUGUGGCUGUAUCACACAAAGCUCCCAACGAUACCAGAUUUUGUGUUCAGUAACUUGACAAAUUUAGAGCUUCUUGUGCUGAGUUUUAAUCCAGAGCUUACGGUUCUUCCUAAGAACGUGUUCAGUGGCCUGAAUGAACUACGAGGCCUUUCUCUGCAUACAAACAAUAUUUCCAGUUUGCCAGAGGGCAUAUUUCUGAGCCUUCAGAAACUGCAGAACGUUUCCCUCUUUGAUACAAGGCUUGAGGUUCUUCCUAGAGACCUCUUUCAUAAUCUCAAGCACCUCCAGAAGGUUUACCUGAAUAGUACUAAGCUGCAGUCUCUUCCUGCAGACUUCUUUGCCGCUUUACCUGAGCUGCAAGAAGUUGUUCUUGACGACAACCCUUGGAAAUGUGAUUGCCAAAUUCUUGGCUUCCGAGAAUGGCUCCAAAAGAACACGGAGAUAGUUAAAGAUGUGCCAUCUCUAAUGUGCCACAGCCCACUGGCACUGCAGAAUAUUUCUCUUGUGGCUCUAACCAUUGAUGGCCCGAAGUGCCUGCCAACCACAGCCAUUACGUAUCAGACGUUCAGCUCAACUUAUUCCCAGACCUUGACGUCUCCUGUGACGGAGCACUUAAGAUCAUCUUGGGAGAUUUCUGUAACAGCAGUGUUUGACAUGGAAAGCAGCACACCCACAUCAAUUCCUCCUGAGACUCCAGGUUUUACCUACUCCCAUGUUGAAGAUGUUGGACAACCUGGGUUUCAUUUCUCAGAUGUUCCAAUACAAACUUCUCCCAGCGUCAUAGCACGAACUGACAGUGUCAGAGGAACAGAUUUAACUACUCUUGUCUGGUGGGAUGAGUUGCCAGCCCACAGGAGUGCUAAACCCUAUUUUAAUACCAGAAUUGCUUAUUGCCAGCUAUUCUUGUGCCUUCACAGUUUGAUUUUAGCACUCCAGACUGUAACCAUUGUGCUCAGUCUGUAUGUGAUGGGUAAAACCAGGCAACUCUUGCACUCCAAAAAUACUCCUGCUCAGCCUGUAGUUCUGAUAAGAUUGUUAAGAAGAUAGAGCAUACUAGCCCAAGAGAGGAUUAGAAGCGUUGCCUUGGAUGCGGUUUAAGCAAUUGAUACUCAAUUCAGAUCUGGAUUACAAAUCUUCAUAGCAAGAAUCAUAAAGACCUUGGCUUUACAGCAUAAUGAAAAUAUGCUUUUAUGUACAUCACAGUUUUUGCCAGAAGUGGCUGUAAUCACUGUACAUUGCUACAGCAUCUGGUGCAGGAACUGAGAGGGAGAGCUGAAAGUGCCUGUGGUCACUGCAACAUGUCCUCUGUGGGUUUCCUGCUUUGGCCCUCAGCCCUGUGCCUGCUCACACUGCUCCAGUGGGGUGGCAUUAACAUAGGGAGCUCUACACAGGAACAUGGCUUUAACUGUGCUUUAGAGAGUGCCCAAAGUACUCCAAAUGCUAUUAUGCCUUAUACUGCCUGUUUUGUCUCCUUACUGAGAAAACAAAUGGUAUUUUUGGGAGGAGAUGCUGGGAAGGACCUUUUAACAAUGGGAGUGUGGGUGGAAUGGUACGAUGCAAGUGUCUUAGCUUUUGUUCUCUGUCCUCAGCCCCUUUCCAGGAUGUGGCAUGAGGAAGGGGUACCAUUUAAAGCUAACAGCAGAGGAAGAUGGUGAGAUAGGAGGUAUAAUCUUGAUGUACUUUAUUGUUUGUCUGGUGAGGGGGAGAGUUGGAAACUUUGUAAAGUUACAACAGCUCUGAAUUUGAAGUAAACACUUUCAUCCUUAAACUUUGGCCAGUGGUCUGAAAAAGCAAGGUGUUACUGGCUGUGUGAUGCAGGGAAUCUUGAAACCAGAAUAACAGGCAGAUGCCCAGAACUGAGGCUGGGCUUCACAGGAAUGUAUUAGAUUGGAGCUGGUCUUGACUGAGGUGGGAGAGAAAGGCAUGGUCUCUCCUGGGUUGGCUAGCAAAACAGGCAUGCAGCCAAGCAGCUGGGAGCCUGCCUGAACUGAGGGCCCUGAAGUGUCACCACUGUUUUGAAGCUGACUGGGGAACGUACACAACUCCAUCAGCUUGGAGUGUGCAGUAGCAUUUUCAGUCUGGCUAUUUUUUACCUUAUUACAUAGUGCUACUCCCUGACUUCCAGGCCUUUCAAGUGUUGAUAUGCAAAGACAACUACAAGGCAAUAAUGUGGGUUUUGGUCUUCAUACCAAAAUGCUUAUUAUUAUUUGAAUUAUAUAAAUAUUUUAGUUUGUAAGUAGACUGGUAGCUGUCAGACUGCCUGUGCUUUGGUAGCUCUUGGAUUUAACUAUUACCUUUUAAUUAUGUGACUUAGCUUGUUCUUAAAAGCUCUGAUGUUGUGCUUGAAAACCUUUGGAUGUGGUUCCCCGGCUCCUUGGGCCAGAGAGCCUGUACUCCAGGAGUCCUUUUUUAGUUGUACUGACUUUCUAACUAUUGAGGGC